CUCUCCAAUAUGAAGCUAUUUGUACUUAUUGUCGUCAUUUUCGGAGCGAUCUUGGCGCUGACGAACGCUCAUCCCGUCCAGGAGGAUCAACAUCAGCUGACGUUGGAGGAUGCCGAGGUCCAGCCGGGAACCGAUGAAGGAGCCGUCGUGAGGGCAGCUCGGCACUUCGGAGGCGGUUGGGGUCGUCGUGGAGGAUGUUGUGGCGGCGGAGGCGGUGGCUAUCGUCGUGGCGGUUUCGGCGGCGGUUAUCCCGGUGGCUUCGGAGGCGGUGGCUUCGGAGGCGCCAGUGCAUCAGCGUCAGCUUCGGCUUCAGCCAGCUCCUGGGGACGUUAAUCUCUAUAAUUUGCCUUACUUCAAAUAAAGCCAAAAAUAGACAAAAACGACAGAAGCGAAA